GCGGCUUUGACCUAGCGAGGAUACUGGCGUCGGCAUUCUCGAGGCGCAGGCAGCGGAAGGCGACUAGUCCUUAUUGUCACGCUUGUCUGUUGUUGGAAGGGGAGAACGGGUAACCUGUAACUGCAGCGUUCUUCUCUUGGGCCUGGGUCAUGGCCAGCGGCGCUCGAGCGGUGUCAACCAACCAACGACGGACGAAUGGCUUAGUCCUACCUGGAGCGGAAGACGCCGCCGCUGAGUACAGAGAUCGCGGUAUCGAUCGUAACGGGAUAAGAUACAGUAGACGGGUCCAGUACUGUCGUUUUCAAGAUCGGUCAAACGAGAUACGAUAAGUCGGCGAGGAAGACCUUCGGGCCGGCUUGUGGAUAUCGUAACACCACGAUCGACGGUCAUCGCAGGGCCUUGGAGACGUGGAUUUGACAGCCGUCGGAGACCCAAGGCAGCCGUGAAUCAAAUGCGGUCCCUCUUGUCUGACGCCUUCCUGCUACCCCGUGGAACCGCACGAUCUCCACCGUCCAAGGACCCAUCCACUGUCCAACUCACUCAUGCACCCUCCACUGCCACCGUUGCCGUCACCGCCGGCGCCGUCAUCCCAGUUCCAGCCCCAGAGCCGGAUGCACGAGCCGAAACCACCCUCUUAGGCCUUGCGACGCGUGGAGGGAGCUUGAGCGCCGCUGCUUUGGGUCCUAUUUCUGGCAGUGCAGGUUGGAGGUACAGCUUGACUGCGUUUGCCUUUGCUCGCAGGAGACUGGAGGGUACUGAUUCAGGUGCACAGAUGCCAAAUAGCAAAUAACGGGACCUCCCCGCCGAAGAGGGAGCAAGCACAGGGAGGUCAUAAGACAGCGCCGUAACAUAUAUCCUUCCGAGCUCAGACUCGAACGAGAACCCCGUGUCGUCUUCCGCUUCCCCCUCUUCGUCGACUUCCUUCUCAGCCCGAUCCCGCUCCUUCGACUCCCUCGCCCAGGCUUCGCUCACCACUCCAGCAAGAACGUUCGCCCAGUCUCGC